AUGGAUAUCCUUGCUGUAUUCUCUCAGGGGAAUGUGAAGACAUACCAAGACUGCCAAACAGCAGAGGAAAUUGUGGAGAAAUCUGCCAAGCUCAUCACAUUCAUUGACCUGGCUGGCCAUUACAAGUACCUCCACACCACAAUAUUUGGCCUCACAGGCUACUGUCCUCACUACAUAAUGCUGGUGGUCAGUGCCAACACUGGGAUGGCAGGAACCACUGUGGACCACCUCAACCUCGCACUGGCACUGAAUGCUCCAUUUUUUGUGGUCAUGACAAAGAUUGAUGUCACACCUGGUCACAUUAUGGAACAAACUGUGAGGACUUUAAGGGAGUUCCUCAAGGCUGAAACCCGCAGGGAUGGGUUGCUGGUGGAGACUGUGGAUGAUGUGUCCAGAGCAGUGAAGGGUGUCAAAGAGAAAGGGAAUGUUGUGCCAAUUUUCAAGCUGUCCUCAGUCACGGGGUUUGGACUGGGGCUCCUCAAGGAAUUUUUGCACAUUCUUCCGCCAUACCUAAACACCUUGGAGAGAGAACAAUUGGAGAAGGUACCAGAUGAUUGCACAAGCAUAGAAUUGCGAAUAGCAGUGCUGGGUAACGCAGACGUCGGGAAAUCUACUUUGCUGGGCGUCCUGACCCAAGGUGAUUUGGACAAUGGACGAGGUCGAGCGAGGCUAAUUAUGUUCCGCCAUUUGCACGAAGUACAAACAGGGAGAACUUCUUCAAUCAGUCACGGAAUCAUGGGCUUCGAUUGCGAGAGGGAGUUCCUCAAGGCUGAAACCCGCAGGGAUGGGUUGCUGGUGGAGACUGUGGAUGAUGUGUCCAGAGCAGUGAAGGGUGUCAAAGAGAAAGGGAAUGUUGUGCCGAUUUUCAAGCUGUCCUCAGUCACGGGGUUGGGACUGGGACUCCUCAAGGAAUUUUUGCACAUUCUUCCGCCAUACCUAAACACCUUGGAGAGAGAACAAUUGGAGAAGGAACGUGUACAAUUUCAAAUUGACGAAUCGUGGAACAUACCGGAAGUUGGUGCAGUUGUUGGUGGGCUGCUGACAAAGGGCGUCAUCACGGAAAAUAUGCGACUGAAAUUAGGUCCCGUGGGAAGAGGAGAAUUCAUGCCGAUCAUCGUGAAAACUAUCCACAGGAAUAAGGCCAAUUGUUGCGUGGUUCGGGCUUCCCAAAGCGCUUCUCUGAGUCUUUGCCCGAUUAAUGAUUCUCCGGCCAACAGAUUGCCGAGAUUACGGAAAGGAAUGGUUCUAUUGGAUCCGUGUCAAGAGUCCAGAGUUGCCAAACAUUUCAUGGCAAAGUUAACCUUGUCUGGUUGCCAGCAGCAGCAACCACAACAAAACCAAUCCGGUGCAGAAGAUGGUUACCCAGUGUUUCUUUUGCGAAAAGGCGGUCAUGCCACUUUGCACAUUGGCAAUGUGCGCCAGGGGGCGGCAGUGCGCGGGGUUUUCGGCGCCCGGAACCUCGAGCCACGAAACGACGCGUGGAUCGUCUCGUGUCAUCCAGACGACGAACCCGUGUCUGUCAUGUUUGAGUUCCUUCGAGGGCCAGAGUACCUGGAACAAGGAGCCCGGGUUCUGUUUCGGGUUGCCGGGGAAACCCGAGGCCAAGGGUUCGUGUCUCACAUUUACUACUCGGACUCGUCGUCGUCAACGUCUUCCUUGACUUCGGGCUCGUCGUCGUCGUGCGAUGAACCGUUUUUAGAAAGCGAGUGAGGAUUUUAAUAUAAGGCAUAGAUUCAGAUACGAUUUUCUAUAAAACCCCCACCGAGGAUUUUAUAUAUGCAUAAACUUCUCGAUUUUCUGCUUGCGAUUUAAAUUUUUUUCGUCUUCAUGCGUAUUUAUACUUCAGUAUAUGAAACUUCGCAAUUUGAGGGGUUCAUCUCACUCUUCGCAGCAGAAAAAUUUUUCAAGAGGAAUUUUAAUGUUCCUAAUAGAUGCACAAGCAUAUUUUGAAUACUUUUUUUAAUUUCUGGAGAAGGUAGCAGACACUAAUGAAAUUUUCAUUAUCAUAAUUCAGUAACAUCUUGAAAACAAUUGUUUCUUCUGAAUGCUUGCGACGAAGUUUCAAUUCCAAGUUUUAAACACGUGCUCAUCUUCGCGAAUGUAUAUUUAAAAUGCCUCAAGAUUAAUCAUUAGUUCGUCUAUAGAAUGAGUGGCAAGCUUUGAAUGAUUAUUUCAAGCACUUGCUUUUUAUUAAAUUAAUUUUGAAGAUAACAAUAUAAUCAAUUUGUCUGAAAUCUGCUGUGGCAAACUUGAAAUUGAUUUCUGAAAUGACGUAAUUUACUGAAUAAAUUAGGAUAAAUAGUUUUAUCCUGAAUGCUUUUGAAAAAAAAACUUUCAAAUUUUCAAUGCGUUCGAACACUUCAUUAUUGCACGAAUAAAUCAUCAAGAAUCAGUUUUUUUCUGUCCAAAAUUAAUAGUGCGAAUUUAAGAAUUCUUGGGAAAAAAUUAAAUAAAACAAUUGAAAUGAUCGUAAUCGUAUUGCUUGAAUGUUAUGAUUCGUUGUCAACUUGUCAAUAGCUUCAAAUUCGAAUUUUCUCAAAACGAAUAUAUUGACACACGUAGAAAAUUAAACAUAAGGAAAAAUGUAUCCCUUCCCAAAUUCGCAUUCGAAUAGAAAAACAUUUUUCUUGAAUGAUUAUAAUUGCACUGGCAUCUAAAGUUGGUAUGCGUACAUAAUAAUAAUGUUUUACCAUUCACAAGUGGAAAACACAUACAUCAUGCUGCACUUUUAAAACAAUCAAAGAACCCUUUUUGUAUCGCUUCAAUGAAAGAAUGCUUUUUUAUUUUAUUUUGGAUGUGUAUGACGCUGUUUUGUAUGCGGCCAUGAUGUGGUAGUGUUGGAUGAGAGCAUUUUGACUUUGAAACGCGGGAAAAGUAUGGAACCUUGUUCAACUGUUCUGUGAUUCAUUUGCAGGAUUGAAGAAUGAUAGAUUUGGUCACCCUUGAGA